AACUUUAAAAAUGAAAAUUUAUUAGACAAGAAAGGAACAAAAAGCGAGAGAGGGUUGUUUGGUUUGCGAGAAAAUUAAAAAAAAAAUCCCAUAUUCUCUCUUCUUCUAGAUGUACAAAAAUUGAUCGGAAGGAAGAAAUUGGAUAGAAGAAGAGAGAAAAUGGAAGUGGAUACUAUUGAGUGUGUGGUGUCCACCGUUGGAAUUGUUGAGGGCGAGAUGCAUCACCAUAAUAAUAAUCAUCAUUAUCAUCACCAUCAAUUUUCAUCAGCUAAGCCUCACAAUGCAAUCAACAACACCAAUAACAAUCCCAAUUCCAUUAGCAGUAUUGUGGGUCCAACUGCAAUUGCCCCGGCUUCUAGUGUUCAUGAAUUACUUGAAUGUCCCGUUUGUACAAAUUCCAUGUGCCCACCAAUUCAUCAGUGCCGCAAUGGACACACACUAUGUUCCACCUGUAAAAGUAGGGUACACAACCGGUGCCCCACUUGUAGACAAGAGCUUGGCGAUAUUAGGUGUUUAGCAUUGGAGAAAGUAGUUGAGACACUUCAAUUGCCCUGCAAAUAUUACUCCUUGGGAUGCCCAGAGAUAUUUACGUAUUACAGCAAACUUAAGCACGAGGCUAUAUGCACCUUCAGGCCAUAUAAUUGCCCUUAUGCAGGAUCAGAUUGCUCUGUAGUUGGUGACAUCCCAUACUUGGUUGCCCAUUUGAGGGAUGAUCACAAAGUGGAUAUGCAUGCUGGAUGCACAUUCAACCAUCGCUAUGUGAAAUCUAAUCCCCGUGAAGUAGAGAAUGCAACUUGGAUGCUGACAGUAUUCCAUUGUUUCGGUCAAUACUUCUGCCUUCACUUUGAAGCCUUCCAGCUCGGAACAGCUCCUGUGUAUAUGGCAUUUCUCCGUUUUAUGGGUGAUGAAACUGAGGCUCGGAACUACAGCUACAGCCUAGAGGUUGGGGGAAAUGGCAGGAAGCUUAUUUGGGAGGGUACACCUCGAAGUGUCCGGGAUUCCCACCGGAAGGUUAGGGACAGCCAUGAUGGUCUCAUCAUCCAACGAAACAUGGCACUUUUCUUCUCUGGUGGCGAUAGAAAGGAGCUGAAGCUAAGAGUCACCGGGAGGAUAUGGAAGGAACAGCAAAAUGCAGAUGCUGGUGUGUGCAUACCAAACUCAUGUAGCUGAGAAGAUGAUAUUGUAUACAUUUCAUUAUUUUUUGGGUACAUUUUCUAUUGUUUUUACCUGUGCCAACUUCUUGAGGGCCUGUGCAUUUCAACAUUAGUAAACUGUAUAAAAAGCAUAUUUUUCUUAUGCAAUGAAUGAUUGAAUCACUUCAUCUA